AUGGUUGAAUAUAACCUAGAUAAUAUUCAGCACAAUUUGAAUACUGAUAAGGAGUCCCCAAACGGUUUUGAACAUUUUUCGCCGUCAACUUUUUCAAUUCAUAAUGACAAUAACUCUGAUAAUGGCACUCAACGGGAUGAUAAGAAUUUAUCUGAGGAAGCUGCUAAAAUUUCAAAAUUCGACAAUGAGUUCCUACCGAAUCUCGAUGAUGAUAUUCCGAUAGAAACUGGCUUCAGUCCUCGAAACAACGAUAAAAUUACUUGGCGGAAAAUUGUAGAAUCCAGUAAUAAGAGACAAGAAAUUUUCACGAAGUUCAAAGAGGCAUCACAACAAAUAAAUCCCAUCGAAUUUGAAUCUUAUCACGACUUCUUCGUUUUAAAUACCUUUAAAAAGGGGAAAUCUGUCAGUGGAUAUGUUGAUAUAGAAAAUGUCAUGAAGAAUAAUGCUCAACAUCAUAGAAGAUCUAAAAGAAAUAAUCAUGAUCCUUCAGUUCGUGAGCCAAUUACCUCGCCUGGAUCAUCUUCUUUAUCUGAUGAUGGAGAUUAUGAUGAGAAUGAUGAUGGUAAUAGGGAAAUUGAAAAACUCUCCAGAAGUCGUGAAUCCCCAGUUGAUGAAAUCGAAGAGGGACCUAAGAAACGUAGAAGUAGAACACAAGUACCAGUGACAUCAGAUGAUCAUUUACAAAUCGAUGAGGCAGAGUUAUCGUUAAGCACCAACCCCCCCGGUGGUGAGAGAAGAUCUACAAGGUUAUUGAAUAAAGCUAACAAUAAUAACAGUUCAUCAAAUCCCGAUAGCGAGGAUAGCUCUGAUGAACAUGGUGAAGCUCUCAUAAAGGAUUUAUACGAAUCUAUUGUUCCUAAAGUUGAACAACCUUACAGAAGAUCCGACUGGGUUCUGCCGUCUAGGUUGAGGUACACUCCAGAUAAACAAAUGAGGACUAAGCCAGAGUUUGAAAAGGUAAACUUAAGUGAACUGAUAUCCGUAGAAAAAAUUCAAAGGGUAUUGUCAAAGUUUGAAGGUGGUCUUAAAGGCAUUAGGAAGACAAAUUGGAAUUCCAUGGGUUAA